AUGUCGAUGCCAAGUCCUCAAAACAACCCGCACUACAUGAUUGCGGGGGCACCAAUGAGUUUCGGUAUGAUGAAAGGCGGUAUGAAUGCACCGCCUCACCAUAACCAAUACCAGUACCACCCGCAAUACCAGGGUGGGCCUGCGAUGGGCCAUCCAGGGUAUGGGUGGCAACCACAGCGUUUUGGUGCAGAAAGCGCAAGGCGCGCCGGGUCUGGGUCGGCCCAGGGAGGCCAAGCGGGGAAAGAUGAUAAGACUAGCCCAUUUACGUCAACUGUGCAUUCUCAUCCUGGCUUUCAACCGCAAAAGAUUGGAAAAGGCGGUAGCGGGAGUGCUGGUCUGCCAAAACCACCAAAACCCCCAGAAAAGCCCUUGAUGCCAUACAUGAGGUAUUCACGAAGAGUCUGGGAUACGGUCAAGGCGGCGAAUCCUGAUCUUAAAUUGUGGGAAAUCGGUAGGAUUAUUGGGGGGAUGUGGAGGGAUCUUCCACAAUCGGAAAAGUAUGCGUACGUCGAUGAAUAUGAAGCUGAAAAGGCGCAGUAUACAGAAUUGUUGAAAGCUUAUCAAUCUUCCCCGGCAUAUUUGCAAUGGCUCGCGAAGACCAGAGCCGCGAAGAAUAAGGCUGUUGUUGGAGCUUUGGAAGAAGAAAGUUCGAGUAAAAAGGGCAGUUCACAAAAAGACCAGCAGCAACAGGAUAGAAGAAUUGAUAUACAACCAGCUGAAGACGAAGAAGACCAAGACGAAGGUCUGUCCGUGAAACAUGUUGCAUAUGCCCGCUAUCUGAGAAACCAUCGCCUUAUCAACGAGAUAUUUUCUGAUACUGUAGUACCGGACGUUCGAUCCGUGGUCACCACAGCAAGAAUGCAGAUACUAAUGAAGCAAGUUCAAUCCUUGACAAUGCAUCAAAAGAAACUAGAAGAUGAGUUGCAGCAAAUUGAAGAGAAAUUCGAAGCCAAGAAGCGCAAGUUUAUCGAAAGUAGCGAGUCUUUUCAGGAGGAACUUAAGAAGCAUUGCAAACCAGCGGUAGACGAAGAAACAUUUAACCGUAUGGUAGACAGAACCUUGGAACAAAUGCGACGUGGCGUAAAUCCUGCGCAUGCCAGUGCAGCACGAGAGAGGAAAGAUGAGCCUGGCAACGGAGAGCCCACUCCGCAACCAAUUAAGGCAGAAAGUAACGGACCAAACGCUCCAACUCAAGUGGACAAGGUGUCGACUAGUGAAGUGAAGAUGGACGAGAAUAUGACCACGGAGCUUAAGAAGCCAGAUGUGAAGGAAGCCGCACCGCCAGAUAGCACGCCGUUAAAUGACCACGAAAGCAAAGAUGAUAAACCACACGAAAUGAAAAUGGAGACUAAAGACGCUCCCCUUCCACAUCCUCCACCGCCGCAAGCUCAUAUGGCAACACCGCCUAACCCAGCUAUGAUGAUGCCACCAAACCCCAAUGCGCCCGCGCACCAGCCACCCCCUCAUGGAGGACCCCCACCGCCUCCAGGUGGUUACGGUGGUGCUUACGGAGGUCGGUACUAUCCGGGCUAUGCAGGUGGUUACCCGGCCGGAUAUCCGCAUUACUACCCGCCCGAGCACUAUCCCCCGCAUCACCCGCACCCGCAUCCCCAUCAUGAUGUCAAGCCCCCUGAGGAGCCGCCGGCCAAAAAGGAGAACGAAUGA